UGGUCAGGAACGUCAAGUUGCCAUGUGUAUUGAUGUGUAUUUGAAAACAUUGUUUUCCGUGACAACGAUACGUUGUUUUCAAUUGAUUUGUAACAUUGAAACAAUGUAACAGAUUGUAGAUUGUUUCAUACGAAGAAUCAUUUCUGAUCAUUUCAUAGAUUCGAACAAUACGAUACAGGAGGAAUUUGUUGGCAUCGUUUAUGUGACUUCGGUUAUUAAAGAACGCAACUGUUAAAAUGUUAAACCAACAGUAUAAUAUUACACAUCGCACAGAUUCAUACAUUGAGCCUCUCUUAAAACGUGUUUUAGAAAUGGACGUACCCGGUUUAUGCCGUGGGUCAAUCCAAGUACAAUCUAUAUCUUCUAGUUGUGGAAAAGCAAGAGGAGAUCGUUUUAAACUGUGUAUUCCAUAUGCUAAACAAACCUUAAAUUGGAAUGUAUUUUUUGAUUCACAGUGUCCCGAAAUGGGCCCUGACUUUAUAUUCAAUGAUGACACAUUCCUAAUGGAUAUGAACAUUGAUACUUUAUCCAUUAAAGUACCUAGUCUUGCAAAAUGGAAUCUUAAUGAUAGAAAUGCAUUGUUGAAUGUUCUCAUGGAGCUUUUAGCAUGUUACAAAGAACAUCAAAUACAAUUACUUCAAAAGCAGGAUCGACUGAAACUUGAAUAUAGUAUGUUAAUAGAUUCAAGUCAAAUAGCACCAGGAGAUGUUGAAAUAAUAUUGUUACCAUUUGCUUCGAAACCAACAGAAGCCAAAUUCUUAAUAACUUUACUAGUUGAUCUUUCUCAGUUGCAAAAUUAUGGUUUCGAACUUGAAAAUGAAACAGCAAUGCUUCUCAUAACAUUUUCUGGACCAAAUUGGAAUCGAAUUCAAACACACCUACAUAUUUCUAAAUUUUUACAACCAAUUGUUGGUAACCCAUCCACCUUACAAUUACAACAUUUUCCAAGUGAUAAGUGUUUGAUGGAUUAUGUACUAGAAGCGAAGAUGUGUAUAGCAGAAAAGAUAAAUUCAUUUGUUCAGAGGUUCAAGAGUAGACGAUUAUUCGUGUCAACAUUAAUUUCUCUUCAACCAGGUGCUACGAUUGAAUACGAUAGCCUUGACUACAGUCAUGUAUCAGUUUUGCUAAAUGAUGAAGAUUUUCAUUUUGUGGUGCACUUUUUCCUUCCAUCUGGCUAUCCUCAAGAUAUACCUGAAAUUGAGUUGCAAUCAAUAUACCACAUGACAAAAGAGCGUAGUCCAUUCAUGAGAAAAUUUGAUGUUCCUUAUGCCAAAGAAUGGAAACCACUCGAACUGAUAAAGAAGAUAUGUGCGUUCAUUAAAAAAGAUUGUGUUAAAAAUUUUAAACGUAAUUCUAUUGAAAACUGUUCAUAA